AUGGUCAAAGGCAAGAAGGAGAAGGAAGCCAACACGGACGAAAGAGGAACUACUACGGACGACGCCGUCUCUAUCACAGACGAUGUUCGAGGCGCAGAAUACUACCAUGGACUCAUACCUCGGAUGGACGCAGAGCCUUUACUGAAACGAGAAGGAGACUUCUUGCUACGAAAAACAGAACACUCACCUGGAAUGAUUGUGCUAGCACUUUCCUGUAGAACUGAAAAUGGCGUUAAACACUUUAUGAUAAACCAAGACCCGGAUGGCUCGUUUUACCUCGAGCAUCAUCAUGAGAAAAGUAUUGCUGAUCUUAUCGCGUGGCAUCUAGCAACCAAAACACCACUGUCAGCAGCAUCAAAUGCUCGUUUACGGCGUCCUAUAGAGAGGACACAAUGGCUUCUCAAUCAUGAUUCAAUUGUACUCGUUAAGAAACUUGGCGAAGGAGCUUUUGGUGAAGUGUAUUUAGCAGAAUACGGUAGUGGGAAAACGAAACAAGAAGUUGCUGUAAAAACGAUGAGAAAUGAGGCAACACGAGAUGCACGCUUAAAAUUCAUGAAGGAAGCACGACUUAUGAGAAAAUACAAUCAUAAACAUGUGGUGAAAAUUCUUGGCGUAGCCGUGCACGAACAUCCGCUUAUGCUUGUCAUGGAGGUUUGUCCAAAUGGGUCCUUGGUAUCAUAUCUGAGAAAACAUAGAGGAAGCGUUAGCCAAUCGGAAAAAUUACGAUUCGCCACGGAAGCAUCUGACGGCCUUGCUUAUUUGGAAAAGAAAGCAUGUAUACAUAGGGAUAUCGCAGCAAGGAAUUGUCUCCUAAGUGCGAAAUAUGAAAUAAAAAUCUCGGAUUUCGGUAUGUCAGACGACAAAGUUAUAGUGCACGAUGACACAUUGGAAAAGGUACCCGUGAAAUGGCUGGCUCCCGAAACUCUGCAGGAUAAAAUUUAUUCGCUCAAAACAGACGUAUGGUCAUUCGGAGUUCUGGUAUGGGAAAUAUAUGCGGAGGGAGCGGAACCGUAUCCCGGUCUGACACGACUUCAAACAAGAGCGAAAAUCGUUGUACAAAAUUAUAGAAUGGACAUGCCGAGGGAUACACCGAAGAGUGUUUCUGAAAUUGUGUAUCAGUGCUGGGAAAGAGAUCCAGCUAAGCGUCCAGAAAUGUCAAAAAUCUUUAGAAUGUUAAAGGAUAUAAGCGCAAGAGCAUAAAGCGCAUUACUUCUCGAAGAUACAGA